GGACGGUGUCGCUCACGCUAUGACGCGAAAUUAAGCACGACUUUAGCUCGGAAGGCGGCAAGGGCUGAAGGGCGCAGUCUCUGAUCCCGUGCUUGGGGAAUUGAACCGAUUACAAGCGGCCUGUAGGAUUGCUCAAGUUGGAAUGGAAUGUGAACACGGUGAUCCAGUGAAGUUGAUGGAAGAGGAAAGUACAGAGAAGAAAAAGGAUGUGGAGAAGAAGAAGCGGUCCCGUGUCAGACAGGUGCUCACUGAUAUCGUGAAGCAAGUGGACUUCUGGUUUGGAGACGCCAACCUCCACAAGGACCGAUUUCUUCGUGAACAGAUAGAAAAAUCUAGAGAUGGAUAUGUGGAUAUAUCACUUCUUGUGUCAUUUAACAAAAUGAAAAAAUUGACUACUGAUGGGAAAUUAAUUGCCAGGGCAUUGAAAAGUUCAGCUGUUGUAGAGCUCGACUUAGAAGGCACCAGAAUCAGGAGGAAAAACCCUUUAGGGGAGCGCCCCAAGGAUGAAGAUGAACGCACAGUGUACGUGGAAUUACUUCCCAAAAACGUUAAUCACAGCUGGAUUGAAAGAGUAUUUGGGAAAUGUGGCAACGUGGUUUACAUAAGUAUUCCACACUACAAGUCCACUGGAGACCCAAAGGGGUUUGCUUUCGUAGAAUUUGAAACAAAAGAACAAGCCGCAAAAGCUAUUGAGUCCACAGAAGAGGAAAAGGAUACUGGAGAUAAAGACGGAUCUCUUUCAAAAGCAAAAAGAAAACAUAAGAAAAAGCACAAAGAGCGACAUAAAAUGGGAGAAGAGGUGAUACCGCUGAGAGUGCUGUCAAACAAUGAAGAGUGUCGCCCCCAGGAAGCUAAUGCCAUGGGACCACAGUUUGUGAGUGGAGUGAUUGUGAAGAUCCUCAGUGCAGAGUCUCUACCUGGCAGGAAACUAGUGCGGGAUACUUUGGCAGCGAUCUCAGAAGUUGUGUAUGUUGAUUUGCUAGAAGGAGAUACGGAAUGCCAUGUAAGAUUUAGGACUCCUGCGGAUGCUCAAGCAGUAAUAAGUGCAUACCCAGAAAUCAGCAAAAAGCACAACUGGAAACUGGAGAUCCUUUCUGGUGAUCAUGAACAGAGGUAUUGGCAGAAGAUUCUGGUAGACAGGCAGGCCAAACUGAAUCAGCCUCGGGAAAAGAGAAGAGGCACUGAGAAGUUAAUCACCAAAGCUGAAAAGAUUAGAUUGGCCAAGACUCAGCAAGCAAGUAAACACAUUCGAUUUUUGGAAUAUGAUUGAAAUAAAAAUGGUUUAACCCUGACUAUUUCACUGGAAUGCUACACGAUGAAUGUUGUUCUAAAGCUCCUACAUUUAAUGAAAAAUAUCUUUGUUUCUCAACUUGUAGAUACUUUUUUUAUAGACAAGUACAUUGUAUACCACAUUUUUUCAUUAAACAAUUUGUUGAAACCCAUUUAUAUAAUGUUAGUCUCAGUGUCACUUAACAAAUAAAUGUGUUUUGAACAUUA